GAUUGGGCGUGUAGAGAUAGUCUAGUCUCGAUAUAAUGUUAUUGCUGUGAUACAACUAAGCUAAAAAUAUUGUGUAAAGUAGUCUACGAACUUGAGUCUCGAGUGUAAGUUGUACUUUAAGCUACUAUACGAUAAUAUAAUCCGAGUGAGUUUUGAAUCGAUUGCAACAGUUAAAGGCAAGUGCAGGGAUUUGGUUUCAUUUCCCUCAUGGGCGAGGUAUAUGGGUUGCAUAAGGCUUAAGAGUAGUGCGCGGUAUUUGAUUUCAGCUCCCAUAAGUUGGCCACUGCGACAAUGGGCCAAGCAUUGUCUUAUAAAAGAGGUCUGAGCCCUGCUCUUAGUCAUCAGUCGAGUGAAAUACAUCGCUCUAAUUACACCUUAAACGUCUUCGUCAUGAAUGUCUUGCAUUCCAGCAUCGCCUUCUGCCUGAUCCUGAGCGCCCUCGUCGCCGUUCAGGCUGGGAUUAUUGCCAGUCAUCCGGAUGAAUUGAUUGCUAGUCCUGCCCAGUAUGAGUUUCAUUACUCCGUCCACGAUAGCCACACUGGCGAUGUAAAGGAUCAGUUCGAGCACCGACGUGGCGAAUAUGUAACUGGACGUUACUCCCUCAUCGAACCCGAUGGUCACCGUCGAAUUGUGGACUACACCGCCGAUCCGUUGCUGGGAUUCAAUGCUCAAGUUCGUCGGGAACCAAUUUCUCGCUAUUGAGAUGGGUUAUUAGAAGAAGUGAUACAGGAUUUAUCCACCGGACCGGACUAACGAUUUGUCUACUUUUAAGAUAGAAACCUUUAUUCGUAGAAUAAAUCUGAAGGCUGUUCAUU